AUGGCCUAUUACGUUUCCGAUGUGUUACCGCAUAAAAAGAGAAGGAAGGUGGUUACUUCGUCGUUUUCUUUGCCAGAUGCGGUUGCUAUAAGUUGCUUUGCCCUUGUUUCAAGAUUUGACCAUGCAGCUUUGUCUCUCGUCUCCAAAAGCUUCCGCUCUAUGCUUGUUUCCGAUGAUCUUUACCAAACAAGAUCGUCGAUGGGUUACACUGAGAAGUUCCUCUACGUUUGUUUAUGCGAGCCUCCUAACCUAACCCCACGUUGGUUCAUCAUCCGCCCGAGUCUAGACUCUGCCACGGGGAAGGAAGUGAAUCUUGCUCGUCCCAUCCCUUCGUUUCCUUGUCAGCCACGUAAAGGAUCCUCUGUUUUGGCGUUGGACUGGGGGAUCUAUGUCAUUGGUGGAUGGGUUAAUGGUAUGCCUACGUCAGGUGUCUUGCUCUUGGAUUGUCGAUCUCACAAGUGGCGUCACGUGACGUCCAUGAGAGUGGCUCGUGUUUUUGCAGAGGCUUGCGUGGUGGAUGGGAAGAUUCAAGUGUUGGGAGGCUGCGAGGACAAGAACGACUUGGGAGAAGUGUUUGAUCCAAAGACACAAUCUUGGACUGAUGUGAAAGUUUUAAAGGUUGAGGAGAAGAAGGUUUACGUUGUGGACUCAUGGAAUAGAAGCUUUUACCACUUGCAGAGACAGAGUAUUCAAGGCUCAAAGCCUAGGAAUAGCGUAUAUAGCAAGGAUUGGUGUGUUGUAGAUAAGUUGAUAUACAGUUGUGGUGUGGACGGUGGUAUAUACUGGUGUGAGCCAAAUGAUUUGGAUCAGUGUGAGGCAGUGGGAAGAUAUUGGAGGAAGGUGAAUGGUUUGCAGAAUCUAUACAAGAUGCUACGUGAUUCGAGAGCAGUCCACUUUGGUUGUAAGAUGGUGAAGAUGUGGGAGUCAUACAAGAUGAUGUACAAUAUCAACAAAAACCUUGAAGAGUUGCUUCCGGAGAACAAAUUGACCAAUCUUGGUCAGAAUGUUUUGGUCUUUGGGGAAUGGCUCGGUGGUGUUUUUGGUCAAGAGAGGUUGGAGAUUUUGUGUGUGGAGAUUUGCUUGGAAAGGCUUAGUGGAAACGAGAUUUUGGGCAGGACUGUGUGGUUGGAGCGGAUCCUUGUAAUCGAUCUUUGCACAGUCGAUCCUCUCUUGUAUAACUCUAAAAUCUUGUAUCAUACCCAUGUUGAUGUUUGAAAACUUUGAUUUAUAUAUCUUUGUGCUUUAUUAAGUGUUUAUUCUUGUAUAUGGUUAGUAAAAUCACAGUUCUAAUAAGAAGCUGUUCAAGUGUUUA